AUGACAGUCAUCAAAUCUCGAGGCGCGACCAAGAAGCUGGGCCCGAUCAGUACAGGCAGCAAGAUCGUCCAAUUCAGGAUCCCCAGCCUAGAUCGCCGCUUCGCCGUCCACGAAGGUACCCAGACCCUUUCAUCAAAGUCCCAGUAUCCACACUCUCUGACCAUAACCCCUCGUCUUCUAGAUCUCAUCUGUCGAACCUCUUCUUUCUUCAAGUCCCAGGUUCAAAACAAGCGAAAGCCCGUCUCCCCCACCGACAAGUGCUGCUUCUGCCUCGAAGCCCUGGACCCUAUUACCAGCGAUAUUUCUUUCUGCGUACAGUGCGGACAAAACGUUCACGAAGUCUGUAUGGAAGACUGGAGGAGAUCUUACUAUCUCGACCCCAACAAGGAAGCCCCGCUCACAUACCUAAUGUGCCGAGCCAGCUGGACGAACGAUCAACUGCUCAGCUAUCUCGCCGUGGAGAAAGAGCUCGACGCCGAAGCCGUACACAUCUAUCUUGACUGGCCCUAUACCUCUACUCUUCACAUACGAUCUACUCUUUCCCGGGAUACCGAUGCAUUCAACCUUGUCAUUCUGAAGCUAUGGGCAGUUGCCAGCGCCGUGGAAGAUACAACGUUCAAAGCCAUUGUCAUCACCACGUUCUUCGAGCAAUCACGAUCUGUUUUCACUACCGAGAGUGUCAAGUGGGCGUUUGUUGAGAGAAAGUGUGACGAUGAGAUACGCGACUUUGUUCUUACUGUCGCCCUGACGUACCUCUACCCUGGCUGGUUCCGUAUAUGGGGGGACCUCUGGCCAGACGAGUAUGUCAGGGAGCUGGCGGAUAUGGCAAUGACAACCUGGAAAGAGAGAAAGAGUAUUGGUGAUUUGAGCAAGAUGUGGGCGGAGAAACUGGGCACUGAGAGCGACGAUGACGAGGAAGAGGGGCUUGUUGCAAAAUCGAAGGGGCAGACGUCUACUGAUGUGGCUUCCGGUCUUUGA